AUGCCGCUGACGCAGCCCCUGCGGUGCAGGCUUCGUCCCUCCCUCCACCUUCUUGGCCACUCCUAUCCCCUUUGUCUUUCAGCCCAGCAGCGUAUCUUGGCCACCCUUUCGCCUCAUAAAAGCCGGCUUUCCUCGUUAUAUAAUGCCCGACCAGCUUCACACCCUCCUGUAAAAUCGAUCUCCAUGACGCAGACCAGGGGCCAUGGUGGCCACAGCCACGGCCAUCACCACCACCACCAUGACAAUGUGUACCUGACCUCCUCCAACAAGAAAGACGCCGGUGUUCGCAUCACUCGCAUUGGAUUGGUCGCCAAUUUGGCCAUGGCCAUCAGCAAGUUCAUUGGUGGCUACGUCUUCCAUUCCCAGGCCUUGAUCGCAGACGCCUACCACGCGUUGGCAGACCUGGUCUCCGAUUUCUUAACUCUAGGCACGGUUGCAUGGUCCCUCAAGCCCCCGAGCGAACGGUUUCCCAACGGAUAUGGCAAAGUGGAAAGUGUUGGCGCUCUGGGAGUCAGUGGGCUGCUCCUUUUCGGUGGAGUGUUCAUGGGUCUCAACGCCGGACAGCUCCUUUUGGCCCAAUUUUACCCAGAAGCGGCCGAAAUGCUAGCCCAUUCGGGCCUCCUAGGCCACGGCCAUUCGCAUAGCCAUGGUGUCGACGUACAUGGCCCCAACAUCCACGCUGCUUGGCUGGCCGGUGGCUCUAUUAUCGUCAAAGAAUGGCUCUACCAUGCCACCAUGAAAGUUGCUGAGGAGCGCAAGUCAUCCGUUCUUGCAUCCAACGCUAUGCAUCAUCGUAUAGACUCUCUCACCAGUAUUGUGGCCUUGGCCACUAUUGGCGGCAGUUAUGUUUUCCAAGAUGCCACCUGGCUGGAUCCAGUUGGUGGUCUUGCAAUCUCUCUGAUGGUAGUUAGAGCUGGAUGGGGCAACACCGUCACUUCCUUAUAUGAAUUGGCCGACACCAGCGUGGAUGAUGAAAUCAAAGCAUCUGUGCAGACUGCUGCCUCGAAAGCUCUGAAAGAUAUUGAGGGCGGCCAGCAUGUGAUUGUCCGUGAUGUUCAAGGUAUGAAGUCCGGACAAAACUAUUUGAUGGACGUUGAGCUCGCUUUACCGGGCGAUUGGGCAAUCAAGCGUUCUCGAGGCGUCGAAGAAGCAGUUCGUCAUUCGAUUGGAGCCGGAGUGCGUGGAGUCAAGCGUGUGAAAGUGCGCUUUGUUCCUGUUGAAGAAAAAGAACUCACUUUCGCGGAGGAGUUCAUCAAUCCGGAAGAGAGUGCGAACCUGGAGACGCACGAGCAUGCCCAUGACCACGAGCAUGACCACGAUGACCAUGGGAAGGCCUCUGAGUCUCAUAGUCACGGUGGUUCUACUUCUUUGAAAAAGCGAUAA